AUGGCGGCCUCUACUUCCAGAUUCUCACUAUUCUAUUGGGAUCUCCUGAUGCUUCUAGUGUUAGUGACGAAUUUGAUUGUGCUUCCGGUAGCGAUUUCCUUCUUCAACGACGAUCUAUCAGCUCGGUGGAUUGCCUUCAAUUGUCUCUCUGAUACUCUCUUCCUACUUGACAUCGUAGUAAACUUCAGAACGGGUAUAAUGCAACAGGAUAACUCCGAACAAGUGAUUCUAGACCCGAAAGAGAUAGCCCGGACCUACAUCCGGACGUGGUUUUUCCUGGACUUGCUGAGCUCCAUUCCUUUCGACUACAUUUUCCUCAUCUUCAAUCAGGGAUACGGGGACAACUAUCAACUAUUACACGCAGGAAGAGCGCUAAGAAUAUUGCGGUUUGCGAAAAUGCUCUCUCUCCUAAGGUUGCUCAGGUUAUCAAGGCUGGUGAGAUACGUCAGUCAAUGGGAAGAAGUCUAUAUGCACAACUUGGCCUCGCUCACCCAAAGCACGGGACCAUUCAGCUAUUUGUUCGAAUCUUGCGGGGAAUCGUGGGCUUUAAAGUUCUUCAACAUGGCUAGCGUAUUUAUGAAAAUCUUCAACUUGAUAUGCAUGAUGCUUCUGAUAGGACACUGGAGCGGUUGUCUACAGUUCCUCGUUCCCAUGCUUCAGGGCUUCCCGGCCAACUCAUGGGUUGCCAUUAAUGAGCUUGAGAGUGCCCACUGGUUCAAUCAGUACUCGUGGGCGUUGUUCAAGGCCAUGUCACAUAUGCUAUGCAUUGGAUAUGGACGUUUCCCACCGCAGAGCCUGACCGACAUGUGGCUCACUCUGCUCAGCAUGAUCAGUGGCGCCACCUGCUAUGCCCUCUUUCUCGGACACACCACUAACCUCAUACAAUCAUUAGAUUCCUCUAGAAGACAGUACAGAGAAAAACUAAAACAAGUUGAAGAGUACAUGGCUUACAGAAAACUACACCGUGAGCUGCGAACUCGUAUUACAGACUACUUCGAACAUCGUUACCAAGGGAAGUUCUUCGACGAGGAGAUGAUCCUUGGGGAGUUAUCCGAAAGACUUCGAGAAGACGUUAUCAAUUACAACUGCCGUUCACUGGUGGCUUCGGUUCCGUUCUUUGCAAAUGCGGAUCCAAACUUCGUGAACGACGUCGUCACUAAGCUAAAAUAUGAAGUAUUUCAGCCAGGUGACGUUAUAAUCAAAGAGGGCACUCUCGGCACAAAGAUGUACUUCAUACAAGAAGGCAUUGUUGACAUCGUCAUGAGUAACGGUGAAGUCGCCACCAGUUUAUCGGAUGGCUCAUACUUUGGAGAAAUCUGCUUGCUGACGAACGCCCGGCGCGUUGCCAGCGUCCGAGCCGAGACCUACUGCAACCUGUUCUCUUUGUCGGUGGAGCAUUUCAACGCCGUCCUCGACUUGUACCCGUUGAUGCGACGGACCAUGGAAUCCAUCGCAGCCGAGAGGCUCAACAAGAUUGGCAAGAAUCCGAGCCUGGUGUCCAACAGGGAAGACCUGCAGACCGACCUGAAGACGGUUAGUCUGCUGCUACAGAGCGCCCAGAGCGACUCGGACGACUCCAACAAGGAAGGCGGACUUCUGACCAUGGGGGGUCAUCUGUCCGUGGCGAGGGGCAUGCCGAGGCCCAAGUCCGAGAGCUGUUUCCCGCGCAUGGAUCUGGGAUUUCCGGACAGCGCCGCGCCCGGAUCGAUGCACCGGUCUGAGACCUUCUAUCAGGCCACCAACUUGCCCAACACGGAGCAGGUCUUCCAAUCCAUGUUCCAGGCGUAA